GUAUCAGCAGAUUACUGGCGCAACUGUCUCCAGACCAUUCUGUCCUUCAACUCCGCUCCAUUGACGAUCUUGCUCGCCUAGUUCUGCCUCUGCGAUACUCAUCUAGACGCGCAUUCCAAUGGUGACUUUGGAAGAUGUGGAUAAGCUCAAAGUGCCCGAGCUGAAGGCGGCAUGCAAGGAGCUGGGCCUUGAGCAGGGCGGGAAGAAGGAGGAGCUGGUGGCGCGCCUCAAGGCUGCCCUUGCGGCACAGCAACCAGCGGGCGGUGCCGAGGCGAUGGCCGCGGACGCGGACGCAUCUGCGGAGGCACCAGCGGAGGAGGCAAAGCCAGUCGCUGAGGCCGCGCCCGCGACAGCGGCGGACGCGAAGCCCGAGGCGGAGGGUGCCGCGCCGGCUCCUGCUGACGCAGGGGACGGCAAGCGGGCAAAGAUUACCUUCAACGACGCUGAGGCCGCGAAGUUUGAGGCGGUCAAGGUGCAGGUCGUGAACGCGGCGCCCGCCGCCGACAAGCCCAAGCAGGUCUCGGAGGCGGAGCGGCUGGCGCAGCGCAAGGACAGGUUUAAGGACCCCGAUGAUGACCGCAAGAAGCAGCGCGCGCAGCGCUUCAACAUUCUGGACCCGGACUUGGAGAAGGAGAAGCAGCUCAAGCGCGCGGAGCGCUUCGGCACCAAGCACCCCGAGCUGGAGCAGAAGAAGAAGGACCAGCGCGCGGCGCGGUUCGGGAUAGUGGACGAGGAGACCAAGAAGAAGCAGCGGCUGGAUAAGUUCAAGCCGCUGACGGAGGCGGCGGCGGAGAAGGCCAACUUCAACAUAGCGCUCAAGGGCGAUGAGGACUUCGAGGCCAAGCGCAAGGCUCGCGCUGCGCGCUUCGCCGCGGCCACCUAAAGCUGGUGAUUGCACCGGCGCAGCGGCCGCUGCGGUGGGUUGCGGUGAGGCAGGCACGCAUAUGGUGCGCUGUGGUGCCGGGUGAGGAGACACUGGGCUCAGUUGGCACAGGCAACUGGAUAUGGUAUGCGACUGGAAGGAACCUGGACCUUAUGACUGCUGGCACACAAGGACCAUGUGUGCAGUGUUGUUGGUUUGACGCUGGUGUGGAGUGCGUUCGGUGCUGACAAUGUAGGGCGGUCACGGUUGUGGGCCUCAAGGGCGCUGCGGUAGUGCUGCCCUGUCCUUGAUGAGCUGCCAGUGGCGCGCUUAUACUGACAGACUGGCUGCGAGAGGGCUUCCUUGAUGGAUGGGAAACGGGAGUGGCCGGGCAUGGUGGGGCACAGUAGGGCCACGAGCAAGGUGCGGGGGCCCGUAGCCCUGCUCCUUCGGGCACAGUCCUUGCAGCCACUGCCAUUGCAGCUCGCUCCGUGGCAUUUCCGUGGCAUGCGCUCCACAAUCCAGGUAUGUACCUCGUGCAUGCACUUGUACCGCACUCUCGUCUGUGCCUGCCCAACCCCUGCGAUAGGCCCUCAUGAACCUGUCUGCAUCAGUGCAAACAAAGGGUAUACAUGAUUGCCCUGCCCCAUCUGUUUGCAACGUUAGUGCACGCGGCAUCGAACCCUGUCCCAUCACACACCCGUGCAUACGCAGCGGGUCGAUGCGAGGCACUGGGAUGGAGGGUGGGCAGGGCUGCAGCGUGAAGGGCGGAAUGAUACUAAUGUAACACGGCCUGGAC